CAAUGAUGAAAAAAGUUUACUUUCCUGAUAUCAAGAUCAGCACCAUAAAAAGAUUUUUGAAAAAUUUAAAAUAAACUGAGAUGCCAGACUGCCAGAUUUGUAAUAAGAGUUUGGAAGUCAUUACCUAUUAUAAGGCUCCCUCAGAGUGAAAAAAUUUUCAUACCCUCUAACAAUAAAUAUUAAGGGGAUAAUUUAAACCUAAGAUAUUUAGCGGCCUAAGAACACUUCCAAAGAAUAAAAUCCUUGGUCGUCUCCUUACUCAAAAUAAGAACCAAGUUUUUUUGUUUGGUUGGGUUUUUUUGCGGUAUGCGGGCCUCUCACUGUUGUGGCCUCUCCCGUUGCGGAGCGCAGGCUCCGGACGCGCAGGCCCAGCGGCCAUGGCUCACGGGCCCAGCUGCUCCGUGGCAUGUGGGAUCUUCCCGGACCGGGGCACGAACCCAUGUCCCCUGCGUCGGCAGGCAGACUCUCAACCACUGCGCCACCAGGGAAGCCCAGAACCAAGUUUUGAGGUAAGAAAAGACUUCAUAAUGAAUGAAGGAAGCAGGGCAAGAAAACUUCUGGCCAGAUUAAUUUCCUGUGACUCAAAGGGACAGGUGUCAAAAGGUGGAGUUCCCCAGCUCUGUAGUUAUAUUCGUGUUUAAGAGUUGGCAGACAACAAGAAGUGUUAAGAAAGAAGUUACCCAAUGAAAAUAAGACCCUUUUUUAAUUAGUAAAAUAAGAAGAUAUGGGGACUUCCCUGGUGGCACAGUGGAUAGGACUCCUCACUUCCAAUGCAAGGGGCCCGGGUUUGAUCCCUGGUGGAGGAACUAGAUCCCACAUGCAUGCCACAACUAAGAGUUUGCAUACCACAACUAAGGAGCCCACAUGCCAUAACUAAGACCCCACACAACCAAAUAAGUAAAUAAAUAUUAAAAAAAAAGAAAAGAAGAAGAAGAUACAACCCUAACUUCUACAGCUGAAAUCAGGGCUUUGCUACACUGGAAGUGUUACAAACCUAAACUCAAAUAUUAAAACAUUGGGCUUAAAUUAUUUCAAUGUGGGACUUAAUGUAGGGCAUGACAGGGGUACCAUUUAACCCUGGGCCUCAAAUUUAAACCGUGGACAUUCUCUCAAAUGAGAUUACAGAUUCAGCGAGAGAUACAUUGAAAGCACUGAAAGAACACAUUCGUCCUAUAGCUUUAAACUUUUAAACUGUCCCAUUUCCAGACCCUACAUAGACAGACUGCAGAGCACCAUGAACUAAUGUUUUUUUUAAUAAACUCUAACUAGUUUGUGAAAAAGACAAUUAAUUAUACUUUUUGUGUGUGCAUUAAAGGCAUUAAUUUGUUAAAUGUAAACCCUUAAAAUUUACCACAAUUUCUAUAAUCCUGCUUUGAAAUUUUACUUUUUAUAUACCAACAACCUGGAAGCCUUUUCAAGCACUGAAAUCUAUGCCAAGCAGCAGCUCUUGGACUAUGGCUACAGACUGAGGAAUCCUGCCCUGGGUGAACAGUUGCAACUAUUCUAUUUACAGCUCACUGUAAUACGAGGUCCUGAGCACGCAGAGCCACGCGCUAUGAGCACCCCGGGCCUGUUCCGUUUUCCUACCCCACUGACCAGAGUGUGCACGGUGCCCUGGGGAUUCCGGCUCCGCGAGAAGCCGGAACUCUUAUCCCCGGGAACAGCGGUCGCUGCAGUCCAGGCGGCAGGCAAGAAGGACCACCCUGCUCUGCUCUCCCUGGAUGAGAGUGAACUUGAAGAGCAGUUUGUGAAAGGACGUGGGCCAGGGGGCCAGGCAACCAACAAAACAAGCAACUGCGUGGUGCUCAGGCACGUCCCCUCAGGCAUCGUCGUCAAGUGCCACCAGACUAGAUCCGUCGAUCAAAACAGAAAGCUAGCUCGGAGAAUCCUGCAAGAGAAAGUGGAUGUUUUCUACAACGGUGAAAACAGUCCUGUUUACAAAGAAAAACGAGAGGCAGAGAAGAGAAAGCAAGAAAGGAAAAAAAGAGCAAAGGAGACCCUAGAGAAAAAGAAACUCCUGAAAGAACAAUGGGAAUCAGGUAAAAAUGUGCCCAGAGAAAGGACUGCAGAUUCUGACUGAAAGAACCUGCCGGAUGGGACUUCCCUGGUGGCGCAGUGGUUAAGAAUCCACCUGCCGAUGCAGGGGACACAGGUUCGAGCCCUGGUCUGGGAGGAUCCCACACGCCGCAGAGCAACUAAGUCUGUGUGCCACAACUACAGAG